AAUAGCUCUUCAAGUCUGCAAUAACAAAAUGGCCUCCAAUAAAACUACAUUGCAAAAAAUGGGAAAGAAACAGAAUGGAAAGAGUAAAAAAGUAGAAGAGGCAGAGCCUGAAGAAUUUGUGGUGGAAAAAGUACUGGACCGACGUGUAGUGAAUGGGAAGGUGGAGUAUUUCCUGAAGUGGAAGGGUUUUACAGAUGCUGACAAUACUUGGGAACCUGAAGAAAAUCUAGAUUGUCCAGAGUUAAUUGAAGCGUUUCUUAACUCUCAAAAAGCUGGUAAAGAAAAAGAUGGUACAAAAAGAAAAUCUUUAUCUGACAGUGAAUCUGAUGAUAGCAAAUCAAAGAAGAAGAGAGAUGCUGCUGAUAAACCAAGAGGCUUUGCCAGAGGUCUUGACCCUGAACGAAUAAUUGGUGCCACAGACAGCAGUGGAGAAUUAAUGUUUCUCAUGAAAUGGAAAGAUUCAGAUGAGGCAGUCUUGGUGCGGGCAAAAGAGGCAAACAUGAAGUGUCCUCAAAUUGUAAUUGCUUUUUAUGAAGAGAGACUAACUUGGCAUUCUUGUCCAGAAGAUGAAGCUAAAUAAUUGUUUGCAUUGCUAUAUAUAUAUAUAUAUAAAAUCUGAGUCUUUGUUUUUUGAUUUAUUAGUGUGAAGAAAUAACAUUCUAAUGAAAAUCAAGUUUGAUAUGUUUGUUUUGAAGUAGUAUUGGGGGAGUUGUUGGGGUUUUGCAUCUAUAGCACUGGUUACUUUAAACAAAUAAAAGUUUUCUGUAGUUGCUUCCUUUAUCAGAAAAGAAUAUUUGAGACCAUGAUAUAUUAUCCCCCUGCAUUAGAGAACCUUUUCUAAAUGUUUGGGGAAAUCUUCAUAGUCUUUACUCAGUCAGAAUUUGUGUUUAACUCCUAUAUGCCUAAGGACCAUUCUGGGUUUUUUGUUUAUUUAGGGGGUUUUUUGUGUGUAUACUUAAAAUGCAUACAUAAGUGGUUUUUGUUUUUAACCUUCACCAAAACAAAAACAGCAUUUUAUAACCAUGGAUAAGCCCAUGUUUCCGGGAUGCUACCAUUUUCAGCAUUUUAAGAAAUAAGUCACUUAAACUGAAGUUUUUUCCUGAGGCCUUAACCUUUCAAAUUUUGUAAUUAAUUGGACCAUUUAAAUAUAAUGUAAACAACUUAAAUUGGACAAUUUAAAAGCAGCCAUAUCAGAAUCCAUAUCCUUCUCUACAGCCAUAUAAACGCAAGUUUAUUUGCAAGAUCCCUGAAGGGAAUAUUUUAUCACCACCACCAACCUCCCCACCCAAAUGACAAAACUAGACAAGUCCUGGUGUGUUUUACUUAGGUAAGCAAUACUUUAGUUAAAUGGACAUUUAAAGGUUCCUUCUAGUGAACCAUUCCUUUUUAAGAAGUUGAAAUUCUCUGUGCUGUAUUGAC